GACCGGAGCGGGUGGGGCUGGAGUCCCUGACUCAGCGUCCCGGGCCCCUGAGGUAGGCGGCUGUGCCUUCCUACACCAGAGCACCCUUUCCCCGAGUUGUUGGCGCCGCAGCCUCCCAGGACGAUGGUGGCCCGCCUGCUGCUGCGCGCCUGGCUCCGGGGCCCUGCCGUGGGCCCCGGAGCCACCUGUCGGCCCCUCAGUGCCGGCCCCAGUCCUGGUCAGUACCUGCAGCGCAGCAUCGUGCCCACCAUGCACUACCAGGACAGCCUGCCCAGGCUGCCUGUUCCCAAACUUGAAGACACCCUUAGGAGAUACCUCAGUGCACAGAAGCCUCUCUUGGAUGAUGGCCAGUUCAGGAAAACAGAACAAUUUUGCAAGAGUUUUGAAAAUGGGAUUGGAAAAGAGCUGCAUGAGCAGCUGGUUGCUCAAGACAAGCAGAAUAAGCAUACGAGCUACAUCUCAGGCCCCUGGUUUGAUAUGUACUUAACUGCUCGAGACCCCAUUGUCCUGAACUUUAAUCCAUUUAUGGCAUUCAACCCUGACCCAAAAUCUGAGUAUAAUGACCAGCUCACCAGGGCAACCAACAUGACUGUGUCUGCCAUCCGGUUUCUCAAGACCCUCAGGGCUGGCCUCUUGGAGCCAGAGGUGUUCCACUUGAACCCUGCCAAAAGUGACACUGAUACCUUCAAGAGACUCAUACGCUUUGUGCCUUCCUCUCUGUCCUGGUAUGGUGCCUACUUGGUCAGUGCAUAUCCCCUGGAUAUGUCCCAGUAUUUUCGGCUUUUCAAUUCAACUCGUUUACCCAGACCCACUCGGGAUGAACUCUUUACCAACGAGAAGGCCAGACACCUCUUGGUCCUAAGGAAAGGACAUUUCUAUGUCUUUGAUGUCCUGGAUCAUGAUGGGAAUAUUGUGAGCGCCUCUGAAAUCCAGGCUCAUCUGAAGUACAUUCUCUCAGACAAUAGGUCUGCCCCUGAGUUUCCACUGGCAUAUCUGACCAGUGAGAACCGAGAUGUCUGGGCAGAGCUCAGGCAGAAGCUGGUGAGUUUUGGCAACGAGGAGACGCUGAGGAAAGUGGACUCUGCUGUGUUCUGUCUCUGCCUAGAUGACUUCCCCAUCAGGGACCUUGCCCACCUGUACCACACAAUGCUGCACGGUGACGGCACAAACCGCUGGUUUGAUAAAUCCUUCAACCUCAUUAUAGCCAAGGACGGCAGCGCUGCGGUCCACUUUGAGCAUGCCUGGGGCGAUGGUGUUGCAGUGCUCAGGUUUUUUAGUGAAGUGUUUAAAGACAGCACCCAGACCCCUGCUAUCACCCCACAGAGCCAGCCGGCCCACACCGACUCUUCUGCUGCUGUGCAGAAACUUAACUUCAAGCUGAAUGAUGCCUUAGAGACUGGUAUCAUUGCUGCUAGGGAAAAGUUUGAUGCCAUCAUGAAAACCCUCACUGUUGACUUCAUCCAGUUUCAGAGAGGAGGCAAAGAAUUCUUGAAGAAGCAGAAGCUGAGCCCUGACUCGGUGGCUCAACUGGCCUUCCAGAUGGCCUUUCUGCGGCAGUACGGGCAGACAGUGGCCACCUACGAGUCCUGCAGCACCGCAGCAUUCAAGCACGGCCGCACAGAGACUAUCCGCCCAGCCUCCAUCUUCACGAAGAGGUGCUCCGAGGCCUUCGUCAGGGAGCCCUCCAAACACACUGCUGGAGAGCUUCAGCAGAUGAUGGCCGAGUGCUCCGCGUACCACAGCCAGCUGACCAAAGAGGCAGCAAUGGGCCAGGGCUUUGACCGACAUUUAUUUGCUCUGCAGUACCUGGCAGCAGCCAAAGGGAUUGCCCUGCCCGACCUGUACCUGGACCCUGCCUAUGGGCAGAUAAACCACAACAUCCUGUCCACGAGCACACUGAGCAGCCCAGCAGUGAAUCUGGGUGGCUUUGCCCCCGUGGUCCUUGAUGGCUUUGGUUUGGGGUAUGCUGUUCAUGACAACCAGAUAGGCUGCACCAUCUCCUCCUACCCAGGCCGCAAUGGCAAGGAGUUUCUCCAGUGUGUGGAGAAAGCCUUGGAAGACAUCUUUGAUGCCUUAGAAGGCAAACCCAUCAAAACUUAGCUUCUGGAAGGGUGAACAGCCUCCACUGCUUCGUUGACAUGAAAAUUGGGGCGUGUGUAGCUAAUAGGUGCUGUUCUGUGACUAAUGAAACUAAUGAUGAGGUGCCUGAGCAGCCAGUGCUGUAAGGCUUGAGCUUUGAGGUCAUUGUUUUACAGCUAACGUGGGACUUCUAAGUGGGACUAGAUCACAACUAAAGAUAAUGUGAGAUUUCAAUUUUAAGGGCAUUUGGUCAGGAAGUGGGGUUUGGAAAAAUAACUCAGGUGUAUUUACUGUGUUGAAACAGGAAUAAAAUUUAAUUGUUGCUUGGAAA